AUGUCCGAGUCUACCAAGUCUGCCGAGCAAGCGCACGUAGAACACCUCAUCGCUACGAAACUGCCGACGAGCCCGAUCUACGCCUUUCUUCUCACAACCGUCCAAAUUCUACACGCUUCCAGAGGGCAGGUCGUUGCCCGAUUGAAGCUCGAACAACACCACCUGAACUCCAAAAACGGCUUGCACGGUGCCGUAUCGGCGACGAUAGUGGACUGGAUGGGUGGAAUGGCCAUCGCGAGUUGGGAUCUCCGCACCAACACUGGCGCCAGCGUCGACAUCCACUGCACUUAUCAAAGUUCUGCGGGCCUUGGAGACGAGGUUGAGAUCGAGGGGAUCGCGGACCGCGUUGGUGGGAGCAUGGCGUACACGAGGAUCACCAUCUACAGGGUCGAGAACGGGGUCAGAGGGAGGACUGUAGUAGCCGCUUCCCACACAAAGUUCGUCAAGGCGUGA